AUGACGACAGCAACGCCGGUGAUCAGUAACACUCUGUUCCCAGUAAACGUGACCGCAAAGUCUCAAGAACAAAGUCUCUAUCAAAGCUCUGGAGCAAUAGUUGCUGCCAUCGUAGUAGGAGUGAUUAUUAUUUUUACAGCGGUUCUGCUCAUACUGAAAACAUAUAACAGACGCAUGAGAGUGAAGCGGGAGCUGGAACCCAAACCCACCAAACCGGCGCUGCCGCCCGCUUUGGGGCCGAACAGCAGCAGCCUGUGUCAGCCCCCGACAGUGACUUUCAUCCCCGUGGAUAUCCACAUGCAGCCCAG